AUGUUCAAGGAGCGAUGGCUUUUUUUAGUUUGUUUUAUAGUUGUACUGGCAAAUGCUGCUCCUUUAGACAAGGAUAACGAAGCAACAAUAACGCUAAAUAAUUAUACAAUAGAUGAAAAGGGAAAUUAUAGAUUUAGAUUUAAAUCAUCUAAUGGAAUAGAAAGAGAUGAAACGGGAAUAAAAGUUUACGAGGGUGAACCGAAUGAGCAUCUUUUAGUUAUCGGUCAACAUAGUUACUUUAAUGAAAAAGGAGAAAAAGUUUCUAUUCUAUAUUCAGCCGACGAAACAGGAUAUCAUAUUUUACCACCAGGAGCUUUAGGCACAGUGACUUCAGGUGUACCCGGUAAUGUAGUUGCAACGCUUCUUGGAUAAAUGGGCAAAUCAUAACCUUUCGAAAAAUGUUAUAGGUUUCAUACUUUUAAGUUAAAAAGUAUUUUAGAUUUAAUGAAUCUCCUAAUGAAUGUCAAAUAAAAUGUAUUAGCAUCAAGAGUGUUUUGAUUUCAAUAUUCAAUAAUAAUUUCAUAAAU